AAAAGAGAGAACAUGUUCAUCGUGGAGUUGAUGUUUGGUUUCUAACCAUUGAAAAGCUUCGAUUUGAUCAUCGAUAACAACACAGUCCAUUGUCGACAUCGAACAAUACCAACGUCUUAUAUUCCAAAAAAUCCCAAACGUUUUCUCUGUUGUUUUAGUUUUCUUUUUCUUGCCUGCCAAUCACACAAACACCCCAAGAAGCACCGAUUGUGAAUGAUCACUAGGUUCCCCUUCUUGUGACAUUUUCUUUGCCGUGGAAAAUGAGGGAAAACGUCGUGAUUCAUUUUGCUUUUGUGGCAUGCACCGCGUACGUGAAUAAAUGAUGACAAACAUUGGUUUCAAGAGGGAAAAAGGAAGCUGGUCUUGCCUGUGAUAAUAGAGUUAGUGUAGAGAUUGAAGAAGACGACGACAAUGGAAACAGGAGGGGAGGAUUCGAAGGUUGAUAGGGAGAAGCUCGUGGCAUGCAUGACAUGUCCCCUUUGCAAUAAGCUCUUCGAAGAUGCCACCACCAUAUCUGAAUGCCUUCACACUUUUUGCAAGAAGUGCAUAUAUGAGAAGAUAAAAGAAGAGGAGCUAGACAGCUGUCCAGUUUGCACAAUUGAUCUUGGUUGUGCUCCAUUAGAGAAACUCAGGGCAGAUAAUAAUUGGCAAGAUAUAAUGAAUAAAAUCUUUCCUUCCAAAGAACAUAAGUCCAAGGAACCUGAAGGUAGGAUCCUAGUUCCAUCUCCGGCUAGAAGAAAGGAGAGAUCUCUCUCUUCGUUGGUGGUUAGCACACCCAGAGUAUCAGCAAAGUCUAGUUUGACUGUGAGAAGAUCAAAGCUUACUGCACGGAAGACUAUUGCAAGCCAAGAAUCUCCUUUUCUCAAUGAGGAACAUGUUUCAAAGCUCGAAGAGCUACCAAAAACUCUAAGCUCACCUCAGACCUAUAGCAAGGUUGCCCAAAAUACUAUGCCUCUUUCAGAUUAUUCUGUUGGGGAGUCAUCUAAGCGUCAUGUGCUUGAUAGAAGCACCGGAAGCAAUGCUGAAGCAUUAGAAGAAAAAGCUGAUUUGUGUAAACCCUUAAAUCGCCUGGUGGAAGCUGCAAGUAAAACAAAGCCUGACAAGGUCAACUCACAUGGGAACACUGCAAAAUCAGUACCCCAUGCCCAUGACAAUGAAGUAAAUCUCCCCGCAGUAAAGGAAUGCGGUAAUGGAUCAAAUGUUCCCAGUAAAGACAAUGGCUCAAUGCCAGAACCUUCAACACCAGUGAGACCAAGCAGGUCUGGAGGCAUCCGACAAAUGAGAGAAGCUAUCUCUGAGAGGUUGAUUAUUCCAGCGCAAGCUGUGGUUGAUUCAAGGAAUAAAUAUGACGGAAGAUUCAGUCCAAUAUGGUUCUCCUUAGUUGCUUCUGAGAGCCAGGAAGGAGAUGCACCUCUGCCUCAGAUAUCUUCGUGCUACUUAAGGGUUAAGGAUGGCAGUUUACCUGUUUCGACUAUCAAGAAGUAUCUUGUAAGAAAGCUUGGUCUUCCUAGUGAGACCGAGGUGGAGAUCUCUUUGCGGGGACAACCAUUGCUUUCUACACUGCAGCUGCACAACCUCGUAGACUGGUGGGUGCAGACAACUCCAUCAUCAGAAAGAAUACAAACAUUUGUCGGCAGCUCAGCCAAAGACUUUGUGAUGGUGCUAUCAUACAGUCGAAAAGCUCAGCCCCCAUAAAAGUAUGUUCUAAUAAACGGCUUCUUGCUAAACUGAUCCUAGUCCAUGCAGAAGAGUAAGUGCAUAUGCUCGGGGAAAAGAGUUAAAAUACAUGUUGUCUAAGCAUUUUUGCAGUCAUACAACUACUAGGCAUGUCAGUUUGGCUUAAGUCUUUGACCUGAGCUUUUGUCCAGCUCAAGUUUUUUCUUGUUCUUCUCGACU